AAAACAAUAAUGGCGCUGAAGUGGAGAGUGUCGACAUAAUGUCAAAGAUUUUCCCCGGAAAACCACUCACAUUAUUCCAUCGGUAAUCUCCUUACGCAAUUAAUACGUCAGUGUUAUAACGUCUCUAGAAGGGGUUACGUGUUGACAGAAAAGCAGAAUGUGGUUUUGGUAUAUUAAUGAUGGAGGUUGUGGAGUUGUUUAAUCACCUAAACACAAAGGCAGGAUCAUACGCCAUUCCGCCAUGGUUCUACCAGCUUCUAUCAGACUACGAGAUAACCCGAAACGUCGUGAUAAUAUCCGGAAUAAUUCUUAUUCUCUUCUUAUCAGUUCUCUUCUCAUUCCUCCGAAGAUGGAAGAACAAAGAGCUCCUGGUGAAAGAGGUGAAGGAAUUCGUUGGAGUAGGAAGUGGAAAGCCAAGAUUUCGUAAACGAGACAAAGUUCUGUUUUACGGUAGAAAAAUGUUGCGCAAAGUCAAGUCGAUAAGUGGUCAGGUGCAUCCAACAGGUCAGGGUAAAAAGCGUCGAGCAGUCAUGAGAUUUGCCAGGAGAUUAUUGCAACUGAAGAAAGACACUGUCCCCCAGCAGUUAAAAGUCCUGGAGCCACCAGCCGAGUAUUUAGAAGAAGACCUGGGACCUGGGGACAGAGUCCCCCCAGAUGCUCUGUACAUACUCCAGAGUAUUCGAGUAUUUGGACACUUUGAGAAACCUGUUUUCCUUAAAUUGUGCAAGCACACUGAAAUUAUGAAUUUACCAGCGGGCACAGCAUUAUUCAAGAUUGGAGAUCCCGAUGAAAACGUAUUUAUUGUCCAGCAGGGUCUCGUCAAUGUCUACAUAAAUGGAGUCGAUGGCUCGCAGGUGCCCUUGAAGCUCGUGAAAACAGGAGAAUCAGUCACAAGUCUUCUGAGUUUUACUGACGUCCUCACUGGACAUACCAGCACUUACAAAACAGUUUCAGCUAGAGCUGUCGAGGACUCGGUGGUGGUUAAAUUGCCGAUGAGUGCGUUCCAGGAGGUAUUUCAAGAUCACCCUGAUGCUUUUAUUCGUGUCAUCCAGGUGAUCAUGGUGCGACUACAACGAGUAACAUUUACUGCUCUCCAUCAGUACCUGGGGCUGUCAGCUGAGCUGGUGAAUCCAGGAUCUCACAAGAAAAAGCACAGCCCAUUCUCUGGGUCCCCUGUGAGGUCAAGGACGAAAGAGAACUUUGCGGUUCAAGUUAACGAUGGAAUUUCAUAUUCUACAUCGAAUGAGGGAAAUGAGGGUAACGAUUCAGGAUCGUGUCCUGUAAAUAUCGGUGGAUUGAAGAGAACCAAGAACAAUCUAGACUGGAAACUCCUGAAUUCCCCUCAACUCCCAGGUACUCACACAACAACACCUGACAUGGUACCAGAAUGUGACGCCCACUGGUCAACACUACCCUCGAGCCUUUCGUCUCAGCCUCCAAGUCACAGCAGCCAGAGUGGUCCAGAGGUGAUGCACUCAGGUGGUCCCGGAGGAUUCAGAAAAAAAUCAACCCACGAGCCACCACCACCCUUCGACGAGGCACACCUGGUGCAAAUAGCGACUGAGGCAUUCGUGAAAGAGCUUGGCCUAGAGGACGACUCAGUACUCAAGGAGAAAGUUCAAAUACGAGAGGUACCAGCAGGCACUUAUCUGAUGAAGGAGGAGUCCCACAAGGACGUGGCUCUCGUCUACGUCGUCUCAGGAUCCCUAGUCAUAUCCCAGAGGGGUGCAGAGGGGAAUGCAUCGACCGAGGAGAUCCACAUGUUCAGUGCACAUCAAGGAGAAAUUGUGGGGGGUCUAGCCGUUCUCACUGGUGAGCCCUCGUUCUACACGAUCAGAGCUAAACACCCCAGCCGAAUUGCCCUCCUCAGUAAACAGACGUUCUUCUCAAUUAUGAGGGAUACACCAACAGUUGUCCUCCAUGUCGCUAAUACUGUCGUCAGGAGACUCAGCCCGUUCGUUCGCCAAGUUGAUUUUGCCCUGGACUGGCUAUUCCUGGAGAGUGGACGAGCUGUUUAUCGUCAGGGGGACGAGUCAGACUCGACAUUUAUCGUUUUAAGUGGACGUCUUCGAUCUGUUAUCACUCACGCGAAUGGGAAAAAGGAAUUAGUCGCUGAAUAUGGAAAGGGCGAUCUAGUGGGGAUCGUUGAGAUGGUGACGCAGACUCCAAGGUCAACAACUGUUAUGGCAGUUCGUGAUUCAGAGCUUGCUAAAUUACCAGAGGGGCUUUUUAAUGUAAUUAAGCUGAGAUAUCCAAUUGUUGUUACCAGAUUGAUUAAUCUUUUGGGUCAUAGGAUAUUGGGUACUUGGAAACAGGUGCAGAGUCCUGGUGGAAGCAGUCAGAGGGCCACUGUCGAUGCCAGACCAGCUCAAGUGAAUUUUUCAACAGUUGCUAUUGUUCCUGUCUCUGAGGAUGUACCGCUGACUGCUUUUACGUACGAAUUGUAUCACUCACUCUGUGCCAUUGGACCCUGUUUGAGGCUUACCUCCGAGGUAGUGAGGAAGACCCUGGGGGCUAGUAUCCUGGAACCACCUAAUGAGUACCGGCUUACCUCUUGGCUGGCUCAGCAAGAGGAUCAGCACAGAAUUUCCCUUUAUCAGUGUGACUCCACGUACACUGCCUGGACGCAGAGAUGUGUCAGGCAGGCUGACUGCAUUCUCAUCGUGGGACUUGGUGACAGACCACCUAGUCUUGGGAGGACUGAGAGAGAGGUGGAGAGACUCGCCAUGAGAACACAGAAGGAGCUUGUGCUGUUGCAUAAGGAACAGAGUGGACAGAAGCCCAAUAAUACUGUACAGUGGCUCAAUAUGAGGAGCUGGGUCUCCAGUCAUUUUCAUAUUCAGUGUCCCAAGAGGAUGUUCACCAGGAGAUCGCAGUACAGAAUUAAUGAAUUGUACUCCAAGGUCCUCAUGUCAGAGCCCAAUGUUCACAGUGACUUCAGCAGACUAGCUAGAUGGCUGACUGGAACAUCAGUUGGACUUGUUCUCGGUGGAGGUGGUGCAAGGGGUGCAGCACAUGUGGGAAUGCUGAAGGCCAUCCUGGAGGCGGGAAUACCCAUUGACAUGGUUGGAGGUGUCAGCAUUGGCUCCUUCAUGGGGGCCCUCUGGUGCAUGGAAAAAAAUAUUACUACAACCACACAAAAAGCCAGGGAAUGGUCUAAGAAAAUGACUCAGUGGUGGCGCCAGAUUAUGGACCUGACGUACCCCAUGACGUCGAUGUUCUCGGGGAAGGACUUCAAUAAAACUAUUCAAGCAACCUUUGGUGAUACCUACAUCGAAGACCUCUGGCUUCCCUUCUUCAUCAUCACCACUGACAUCACAGCUUCUUGCAUGCGCACGCACACUCACGGAUCGCUGUGGCGUUACAUUCGAAGUUCGAUGUCAUUGUCUGGUUAUAUGCCACCAUUAUGCGACCCCACUGAUGGCCACCUCCUCCUCGAUGGCGGGUACGUCAAUAACCUUCCAGCUGACGUCAUGCUGAGACAUGGAGCACAUCAUAUUUUGGCGAUCGACGUGGGGUCCCAGGAUGACACAGACCUGACGAAUUACGGAGAUUCCCUGUCUGGGUGGUGGUUGCUGUGGAAACGAUGGAAUCCCUUCGCAGUACCCGUCAAAGUUCCCAAUUUACCUGACAUUCAAUCACGACUGGCGUACGUCAGCUGUGUGAGACAAUUGGAAGAGGUCAAAUCGUCGGAUUACUGCGAAUACAUCAGACCUCCAAUCGACAAAUUCAAAACUCUACAAUUUGCUAAUUUCGAUGAGAUCAAGGACGUUGGAUAUCAUCAUGGAAAGACUUACUUCGAGGGUCAAUCAAAAGCUGGUGUUCUUCCUCGUUUUAAUGCGGACAGAGAGACUGCCAGGGCUCUCCGGGAAAAACACAAAUCUGGAAGCCAGGAAAUGUCCUCUUACACCUUCACAGAUCUCGCUCAAAUGGUUUGUCAAGUGUCUAGGUACAAUCGUUAUGGCGAUCUCGAUGAUACAGACUCUGAGAUCGAGGAAUAUGAAGCAGAUCUCGAGGAAGAUGCACAGGAGGUCGGUUAUGCGUCGGAGCCAACUGCUGGAAUUUUGGAUCAAAGUCCUGACGAUAGCAGAUUGAGACGACGCGCUGGAGUAUCAUUGAGUCUAUCAGAUACAGAAGCCGAAUCCGAAUUGGAAUAUCAUCCAAAGUUAUUUUAAAACUCGAAAUAAAGACCAA